AUGUGUCCAACAGAAGAGCAGCCUGCUACCACAGUACCCUCUACAUCAACAAGAAGUGAUGAACUCUCAAAACUCACAGAAUCGCUGAAAAGAUACAUGGAUGGUGGUUUGCCUAAUUCUCAAAACAGGCAACAAAUCAGCUUUUCUCUGGCAUCAACCUUUGAAGCUAGAAGGAGUUUCAUCAAUUCUGUGGGAACACCUCAUAGCUGUGCUGCCAUAGUACGCGAGUACAAGCAUCUGCAAAGUUACCGUGGAGAUAUGUUACUGGAGGAGUUUUCUCGGAUGGGGCCAUUGGAGAAGAACUUUGUCGCAAAGUUUGAGAAACUCUCCCCGCUCAUUGUGAAACAUGCUCAAGCAUUUAAACCAUCUUUUGUUAAUUCACUUCAAUCCCAAUUUGCCUAUUGUGAUGCAAGUCCAUAUGGUGUUGGUUCUGUUCUCUGCCACGCCAUUAAAAUCAACGGCAAACCAGUUGAUAGACCUGUUAUGAUGGUUUCAUGUACAUUGUACAUAGCACAGCAAAAUUAUGCUCAGAUCGACCGUGAGGGAUUAGCUUUAAUUCAUGCUGUUACCAAAUUUCAUAGAUUUAUUUAUGAUAGAGAAUUUAAGAUUGUAACUGACGAUGAUGCCAUUCAAAGAAUUUUUCAUCAAAGUCUUUACCUGAAGGCAGAGCAUCUGGCUGUGGCGGACGCGCUGUCCAGAUUGCCCUCCCCAACUGUUGUUCAAGUAUUUAAUGUCAAUGCAAUUGUGGUAAAAUCACUGUCUGCUUUUCCUACUACUGCAGAUAAAAUUGCCUUAGAAACAUCUAAUGAUUCUAUCCUUAAUCAGGUAUUUAGGUAUGUCCAUCUUGGCUGGCCACCAAAGGACGAACUUAGAGAUAAACCCAUGACAAAUGCUUAUUUUAAGUUACGUGACCAAAUUACCAUUGUGAACAAGUGUCUACUGUUCUCAGCCCGUGUCAUUAUCCCAUCUAGUCUUAGAGCUGAUGUUCUUAAAACAAUCCAUGAAGGUCAUCCAGGAAUUUUAAUUUCAAACCCAAUAAGGCCUAUGUUCCCUGGCCCCAAGCUCAGUUCCUCUUUGAACGGUAAAUGGUUGCAUAAUGCUCAUAUGCCACGUACUACAGCUUCUGAAGUAAUUGAAGUGCUCAUGUCUGUAAUUGCUAUAUAUGGUUUGCCCAAAAGUCUCAUGAGUGACAAUGGUCAACCCUUUGAUUCCGAUGAUUAUGCUGCCUUCUGUACAAAGUUUAACAUCCAAAUUCUUCACCCCCCUCCUUAUACCCCUGAAUCUAACGGCCAAGUUGUGUUCCCACAUCCACCGCCAUGGGCGCUCCUGUCGGCCAUGUUGGCCUCCCGCCAUUCUUCUGUGUCUAUUCCCCCAAAGAGCGUGCUUUAG